AUGAGAAGACCAACUGUCGUCUCUGUGAAAAAAAUCGAAACCAAACAUCGCAGGCGUGGUGCAGAAGUCGACCGUUUGGAUCGGUGGAAGCGAGAAGGUGCCACACUUGUGGCCUCGAUGGAUCGGUCUCACAAACUCAUUAUGGAGUUGGAGAAGGAGAUCCGCUCCCUGCAGCGGGAGCGGGAUGACCGAAGGAGCACACUCCUAAGAUAG